AUGAGCACAUCCAAUAUAGCGCCUGAGGACCCCGGUGACGUGCCGUUAGAAGUCGAAAACCCGCUUACAUAUGAGGUUGUGAAGGAGUCACUCAGUGCUCUCAGUAGCAACGCAGACGGUUGGCUUGUUUAUGCGCAGGCUAAACUUUGCUCGCUGAGUCUUACUUCUAUUGAUUUGCUAAGCUCAUAUGUGCAUCUUCAGCGGCUCUCACUGGAUGACAACCGGCUCGUAACGCUCAAACCGUUACGAAGCCUAUGCUGUCUCAUACAUUUUUCUGCUGCAGGCAAUGCACUCACAAACGAUGUGUUUGAUGACCUCGCUUCGUCAAGUGUGACUCUAGAACGGCUAAAUCUUGACAGGAACGCAUUAACGUCCCUCGGGGGGCUUUCCAAGCUUCCGUUUCUUAUGGAUUUCUCUGCGGCAGAAAACGGCAUCACAGAGCUGCAUGCGGAUGAUUUCUCACUUCUCCACAGUCUCACACGACUGAAUUUAAAGUUGAACAAAAUCUCACGGGUCAACUUAGAUACAUUUUCCAAGUGCCUCACGGUGCGUGCGCUCAACCUGUCAUAUAACAGCAUCGUCGACAAGCGCUUUGUAGUGCACCUAGCGGGUAACUUGGAGUCAUUGAACUUAGAACACAAUGCGGUAGAAGGUUUUUCCGACUUUGAUGUGCUACACAGCUUGGUGUUUCUGUUCCUUUCCAAUAACAAUAUUCAGAACUGGGACGGUUUGGAGGGGUUAUCAAAACUUAAGAAUAUCCGUGUUUUAACUUUAGAAGGCAAUCCGGUACUUCGUUCUCAUGACGGAACAACAUCUGGCAACUCCUCGUCUCUCAGUUAUGAGGCACAUGUGCAACAGGACGUUGACUUCGCCGCGUGUCGCAGCCUCAACGUGAGUACGCAAAAGGAGGGAAUGCCCCUCCCAACUGUGAGCAGUGCAUUACUUACAUCAUUAACAGCACCACAAGUAAGAUCAAUAAUCCAUCACUUGCCAGCUGCGCCAUACGGGGAUGUACAGUGGGAGGUCGAUGGCAAUCAUGAGUUGAGUCAACUUCCAUACGAGGAACAAUGCCGGUUCCGUGUGAUAAGUAUGAUGCCACAAUUGCAGGUAUUAGAUUCCACAGAGGUACACGCCGGUGAGAUUCCACGGGCUAUGAGGUUAUUCUGCAAAGAAAUGAAGAGCGCAGAGGUACUCGCUGAUGCAAGGAACUUUCCCUCUGGUUCCGGGUUGAAAGCAAUCGGCUUACAUCGACUGAAGUCUGGAAGCAAAUACAUGACUUAG